CUUUGCACGUCACCGCGUGGCCGCACAGGUGCUGCACUCAUUGUUUUUCCCCCCAACAACACGAAAUGUAAGCAUAUACGCAUAAAACAUGGAAGGACGAAAAGCUACACUACAAAACCAUGACUCGUUUCUCUCCAACCUUGCUAACUUCUGCGUGGAUUCAUUCUCAACCUGUUGGUCCAGUGACGCAGACAAACUCUGCGUCUCCAUCGGUCUCAGCUGUCUGUCCUCGCUUCUUCUCCUGCUGUCAUGCUUUCUGGUUGUGUCACAGAGGUGCAAGUAUUGGAAAGAAAUUCCGGGAGAAACUUUAACAUCCUUGUGCAACUUCCUGGGUGACCUCUGUGGCACAGUGGGAGCCAUUCUGUCUAGGCAGCUGCAUAUUCUGAUCUUAAUGGGUAUAUUUGCUGCUGCUGUGGAUGCUGUCCAUGUUAUUUCAGGUUGCCUCCCUGUGCUCCUGUGCUGGAACUCAAAGGCAGUAAAGAAGCGGAGGAUGAUUUGUAGUCGCAGGAGGCAGCACCUCCUUUCAGUGUGCACUCUGGUGGUUGUUGGAGGUGGAUUUCUCAAGUCCAGGAUCACCCACCGACCAGCAGAGACCCCUCUGACUGGGAGGAAACUGCUGCAUGUCAACCUCCAAGACAACACUGAAGUUCUGGGUUACAUACUUGGCCUGCUCUCUUUUGUCAUCUCCUGUUCCUCCAGGUUUCCUGCACUUAGCAGAGCAUAUCAAGGACAGGCAUUGAACAUGCCCCAUGUUUUGUCCAGACUGCUGUCCUCCCUGGCCUGCUCGCUCUACAUUUCUGCCAUUUUCCUCUAUGAUACUCAGUUUGUGUUUGUUCUACGAGUUCUGCCAUGGCUGCUCUCAGCAAUGAGCUGUGUCAUCCUAGACCUUCUUAUUUUAGUCAUCUGUUGGUGCAAAAAUGGAACAAGAACGCAGCUCAACAUUUUUUUCCCUGAUACAGAGAGCCUGUUAGGUGCAUCAGGCCACACUGGUGAGGAUAAUGCUGUCAUGAAGAAACUUAGAAAACUGCAAGUUUCAACUGCACGGACAAAAGCCAAAAACACCCCAGAGACCACUGAGAUGGGCAGAUAUAUGGAUAUCAGUGUUCAUCCUGCAAGAAAAACAUGUCUGAAGGAGGUGAAGUUGUCUGGAAGGGAGACAGAGAACAGCCCUUUCCAUGAAAUGGUGCAAGUGAUCAGAGUCAACAGUUUUUCCUCAGACUCGUCAUACAUCUCCUCAGUGGAAAGUUCUGAUCUGGAGUGGGAUUUUGAAGAGGCCACUGCCAAGUGGAAUGAACCAACAGCAAGACAACAAGAAAGGGUCGAGUUGCCCCUGCAAUGGUGGCCUGCACCUUGAACCCUGUAAAUUGUACACCUGUGCCACGUGUGGAACCCCACAAAGACGUCUCUGUGGUGAAGCUGACAAUGAGUUAUCUGAACAUCUGGUGGAUUAUUUUGCAAAGUAAUAAAAAUGUUCACAUUUCA